GCCCACACAAUAUCUCUUCCCUUACGAUUCCCCCACGACACUGAAGAUAUAGCCCGCUGUGAUUGUCUCCCGGGGCUAAGACAGGGGGAUACUUGGGAGAUACAGAGAGCUAUGUCUGGAUUUGCUAUCAUUCUCAUUUCAACGUCUCUUCUUUAUUUCAUUCCUACCGUCUGAAGUGUAAGCCCGUACCUGUUCCAGCGAGCAGCUACAGCAAGCGAACUUCCCCCGCUUGGUGCCGCCAGAGUGAAAUCAGCCCACCCAUUUCGUGUACAAAGUUCUUCUUUCAUCAUGCCUCGGAGUCACGUGAGCGUGGCCCGCUUCUACGAUUGGUCGUCCGAUCUGGGUGAUUGUUUCUCUGUGUCUCGACUGUACCGAGAAAUCGCCAACCUCCCUCCUGCCACAGCGGGUCACUCCGACAAGACAGCGACUGCUCAUGUCUCUAACAACAGUGCCAUAACAGCUCAGUCACUUCAAGUAACCAUUUGCCGACCGCCGGCCAACAAUCCAGGGAGGAUGUUCGUGAGGGACAAAAGAGCGUUAACCAGGGGAGAAAAAGAGAUCAUCCAAGGCAUCUACAGAAAUCGUGGUGAUAUCGCAGGACGGGACGCAACGUCAAAAGCUGAAUUCCGUGUCUUGAACCAUGCAGAAGCUUGGCAAGCUGGCAAGCCGUUAGGGGAUGGUGGGCCAGGUGGGUAUUCUAGCAGCCUGAGAUCACUCCUUAAUGGAGAGAGAUCCGAGAAAACAGACGGCCGGUAUCUGCGGAUAGGUGCAGAUAAUGACUCUGAAGUGCAUGGGGGUGUGUCGCCAGAAACACGCACUCAGCACACAGAUUCUCCAACACGAAAAUCAACGCCUUCUUCUCACCCUACAAAUGUUCAUGACGGCGCUGGCAAUUCCCAGCCCGUACUUCAUAAACCCACGCCAACCUUGACUUUCGGGAGGACAAAAAUAGCUGACUCUGGAGGAAGGGAAGUGACGAAAAUGUUACCAGCCGGACUCCCAUACACUCACGAAACUUCCAGAAGAAAGUUCAGAGUUCAAAACCGAGAGGAUUUCUGGGAAAUUCGUCCAGCCGCACCUCCGAGCACCCCGGACCACGGAGACCAUCGGGUAUCUCCGUUUAUCAACAGCGGUUCAAACCCCGUCCUGUCUUCUUCUCAUUCUAGUCAUAACAGGUUUUCGCGGCAAAAGACUAGGCUACCAGUUAGCUCUGAACUUGAGACAGAAAGGCUUCCAUUUUCACCCAAUGGCGAUUCCUUUCACCAUAAUGAGCCAAUACAGAGUAAUAAAACACCUUCGUAUCUUCUCCCAAACCACGCUCAGAACGGUGAAGGUCACGGCUUUCCGAGAAAUGAGUAUUUGACGGCAGAUGAAGUACAAUAUUCAAGAAAUAACCUCGAUAACAACGUACCCCCUACUGCUGAUGUGCUCCUUUGCGAGUUGAGAGGUACCAGUGCUGCUGCUGCUUUUCAAAAUGACAAUGAGCAUGAAGGUGAUAUCCCUGACACUAAUCACAACAACAGCACCACAAACAACAACAACAACAACAACAUUGUCAACCACGACGACAUCAACAAUAACGACGAAAACACAGACGACAGCUGCAGUAACAGUUCCAACAGCGAGCGCAAACGAGUGCGGGUCAAAGUCUAUCUACCUAUCGCAGGCGUGGAACAGCUGGAAGAAUCAGGACGUGUGACCCCAGCAGCUGUUAACACAAAAUUGACCCCGAUCUUGACCCCUGACACCACAACCCCGUCCGCCCCUGCCCCUACUACGCUCCCAAAUAAUAAAACCACUACGGUUUUGACGUCAGUUUUACCAUCUGCCCCAACGUCUACAACAGUAGUCCGUUCCGAGAGGCUCAGCACUUCGCCUACUUUGACGCACAAAGUGACUCCGUCUGUCAUCAGCAUCAGCGAGAGAAAAGAGGGCGAGGGCGGUUUCUUCCACUGAACUGACAUGCAGCGGUAAAUGGUCGCUUUUAAGGACAAGCAGGCUAACCCAGAUUUCGGGUUUCCAGAAAUCUUGAUCUAC